CUGGCGUAGUGAGCACCUCCACACUUCCUCUGACAGACAGCGUGGAAGGAUCGGAAGGAUGGUGCUCGACUUGGACCUGUUUCGGACCGACAAAGGCGGCGACCCUGAAGCCGUCCGUGAAACUCAGAGGAAGAGGUUCAAAGACGUGACCCUGGUUGAUAAACUGAUCGCUUCGGAUACAGAGUGGAGGAAAUGCCGCUUCACUGCAGACAACCUCAACAAGGCUAAGAACCUCUGCAGCAAGAGCAUCGGGGAGAAAAUGAAAAGAAAGGAACCAGUUGGAGAUGACGACUCCGUACCUGAAGAAGCGCAGAACCUGGAGUCUCUAACGGCUGACACUCUGUCGGCCCUCACUGUAACUCAGAUCAAGAAGGUGCGUCUGUUGGUGGAUGAGGCCGUGGAGAAGACGGACAGUGAGAGACUUAAGUUUGAGGCAGAGCGCUUCGAGUACCUGAGGGAGAUUGGAAACCUUCUGCAUCCAUCUGUACCCAUCAGCAAUGAUGAGGACGCAGACAACAAGGUGGAGCGUACCUGGGGUGACUGCACUGUGCAGAAGAAGUACUCUCAUGUUGACCUGGUGGUCAUGAUCGAUGGCUUUGAAGGGGAGAAGGGAGCUAUUGUAGCCGGGAGCAGAGGUUACUUUCUGAAGGGGCCGCUGGUUUUUCUGGAGCAGGCUCUGAUCAAUUAUGCCUUGAGGAUACUGCACAGCAAGAACUACACCAUGCUCUACACGCCCUUCUUCAUGAGGAAGGAGGUGAUGCAGGAAGUCGCGCAGCUCAGCCAGUUUGACGAUGAGCUUUACAAGGUCAUCGGUAAGGGCAGCGAGAAGUCCGACGAUUCCUCCAUCGAUGAGAAGUACCUCAUCGCCACUUCAGAGCAGCCCAUCGCAGCCUUCCUGAGGGACGAGUGGCUCAAACCCGAGGACCUGCCCAUCCGCUACGCAGGUUUCUCCACCUGCUUCAGACAGGAGGUGGGCUCCCACGGCCGAGACACCCGCGGGAUCUUCAGGGUGCACCAGUUCGAGAAGAUCGAGCAGUUUGUCUAUGCCUCCCCACACGACGACAAGUCAUGGGAGAUGUUCGAUGAGAUGAUCGGGACGGCGGAGGAGUUUUAUAAGUCUCUAGGAAUUCCUUAUCGCAUUGUGAACAUCGUCUCUGGUGCCCUGAAUCAUGCAGCCAGUAAGAAGCUGGAUCUGGAGGCCUGGUUCCCCGGCUCUGGUGCAUUCAGAGAGCUGGUCUCCUGCUCAAACUGCCUGGACUAUCAGGCCAGACGUCUCCGCAUCCGAUACGGGCAGACCAAGAAGAUGAUGGACAAGGCGGAGUUUGUUCACAUGUUAAACGCAACCAUGUGCGCCACCACACGUGUGAUGUGCGCCAUCCUGGAGAAUUUCCAGACCGAAGAGGGCAUCGUUAUUCCAGAGGUGCUCAGGCAGUUUAUGCCUCCUGGUUUAACAGAGAUGAUCAAGUUUGUGAAGCCCGCUCCCAUCGAUCAGGAGAUGUUAAAGAAAGCAAAGAAGCAGCAGGAAGGAGGGAAGAAGAAGAAGCAGCAGGGAGACCUGCCCAACGCCAUGGACGGCAUGUCCGUCAACGACUCAUAGACUUAUCUGAGCGUACGAUCACGUCACCGGCUGCACAGAUAGAAACUGACGGAGCAGAGCCUUGUGUGUCCUGACUGAGGGUCACAUCUGUUAGAAAACCUGACGUAGUGAAGGCUCUGUGUUGUCUGUUUCUAUCUGAGUGGACGGUGCUUUCAUCUCAGCAGUUCUACCCCCAUCCACUUGAAGCACACUUAAAAAAGGGAAACCUCUGUGCUCUCAGUCAUCUACAGAUUCCACUGACCACCUGUCUGUCUGUCUCUGUCCUCUUCAAACAUGUGCAGCAACACCGAGCCUAAAUCAAACCAAUAAAAGACAGCAGUGCAAUUUAGUUAGAGUUCCACCUCCCCUCUCUGGAGAGAUGGGAGCGUAGCGCAGAUAAAACCACAGGUUAUAACAGGUGAAUGUUUGUUUCCUGAACUUUCGGGGUGUAAGUGUCGAUGAAAGGUGUGGUUUUUGUAUAACUCCUCAUUAUUCAUCAUUGAGACCAAAACCUUCAUCUCCUCUGUGAAACAUGGUCGGUUCUUUCCUGUCAAAGUUAAUCUCACGACUGUAAUCCAAACAAUCAGGUGUUGGAGUUUCCCCUCUGUUUUAGGCUUUGCUUCACGUCCUCUCAAACCACAAUCAUCAUCAUCCUCCAUCUUUGUUGCUUGACGUCAUUGUUGACAUAAGGCUGUCCACGAGCUUCUGAUUGAGACAUCGACAUUGUAAGCACUUGCUAAUACAAAUAUAUAUAAAUAUAUAAAUGAAUGAUUGGGCGUUAAAUACAUCAGAUUAAAUACAGUUGGUAUGGAA